UUCAGCAAGAAGCUCGGCCUCGAAUGACCCAGCCUGGGCCCGCAUCUCCUGCCGCUGCAACGGAACAAGCGCGCAGAAAGCAAACGCUGGAAGGAAAGGAGGAGGCGCUUGCGAAGCCCAACCUGCGGAAGGCUGCCCUCCUCUUUUCGCUCCCCCUUUACUCUUUCCUCCUUGCCUUCGCUCCAUUCCGGGUUCUUGCAGGUCGGGUCUUCCCAAAGGGGGCUGCUGGGCCAAGAUCAUGGUGCCUGAGUUGGAGAAAGAAACUGUCCGGAUGAAAGAUCCUGAACAAGUGAAAAAGAUUGUGUCAAGGCUCAAAAAGGGAGGAGCAGUCCAACUUCAGGUAAUUUCUGAUUUCGACAUGACUCUAACUCGCUUUGGGUUCAAUGGACGACGCUGCCCCACCUCUCACAAUAUUAUAGAUAACAGCCGGGUCAUCAGUGAAGAAGGCAAAAAAAGGCUUAAAGAUCUGCUCCACUAUUACUACCCUAUUGAAAUUGACCCCUACCGGACUGUAGCGGACAAACUGCCCCUCAUGGUAGAAUGGUGGACAAAGGCCCACGAUCUUUUGUCCCAGCAGAAGAUUCUGAAAAGUGACAUCAGCCAGAUAGUGAAAGAAUCGGACGUCAUGCUCAGAGAUGGCUUCAACGUUUUCUUCAACCAGCUGUACCAGAGCCAGGUUCCCCUGUUCAUCUUCUCAGCUGGUGUGGGCGACGUGCUGGAGGAAAUCAUCCGUCAGGCUGGCAUGUUCCACCCCAACGUCAAUGUGGUCUCCAACUAUAUGGACUUCGAUGACGAUGGCGUCCUGAGGGGUUUCAAAGGGCCCUUGAUCCAUACCUACAACAAGAACAACACUGUUCUGAAGAACACGGAGUAUUUCCAGCAGCUGUGCAUGAAGACCAACAUCUUACUUCUCGGGGACUCCAUGGGUGACCUCAGUAUGGCCGAUGGGGUUGCCAAUGUGGAGAAUAUCCUCCGAGUCGGCUUCCUGAACGACAAGAUAGAGGAACAGCGAGAAAAGUACAUGGAGGCCUAUGAUGUUGUGUUGGAGAAGGAUGAGACUCUCGACGUGGCCAAUGGCAUCCUUCAGUUCAUCCUGGCUAAAACCUGAGCCUCGCAGCACAAUGCCCUCUAAUGACAAUGCCGCCUUUGUGGAGGGUACAUGUGCUGUGUGUGUGUGUGUGUCUGUGUGUGUGAGAAAGAGAGAGAGAGAACAUGAGGUGAUUCCUCAAUACCCUACUAUCUCUUGAUGUGUUGCAGAUACAUACCCACAUCACCCCACUUUUAGAAUUGUAGAACCUGUGCUGCAACAAGCUGAGGGAUAUCCCACUAUGGUCCCCAUUAAAGCUGAAUCCUGUUUCUAAGGAGACAUGCAGUCAGCUUGUCUGCUGACCAAAAUACAGAAUUUGGGGGUCAGCAAUCAUGUGAGCCAAUGCUUAACACUCUUUGUUGGGGGCCCUGUGUUUCGUUAUGUUAACCAGUUCUUAGAGGGGAGCGAGAUGCACUCAAACUGCUGUCCACACUUGGUCCCCAUUAAUGCUGGCUCUGUAGAAAUCAUUUUAGACCUGAGUGCUUAGUGAGGCCCAGUUUGCAGAAGGCCAGUUGUGUGGCCUGGCUCUUGCGUAUGCAAAUCCUGACAGUUUGCGCACCCAUUGCAUUUGCUCAUGUGCACUGCAGUUGUACCUAUGGUAGUAAAUGUACACAACCAGGGAGCAUUCAGCCUGUCAAACUUAAAGCAAAUUCUUGCAAAAAGGCAUUGCAGGUUUGCAGACUGAUUUCCAUAGACAAGUUGUAAUGAAGCAGGGACGUCACGGUUCCUCAAUAAGCCACGUGACUCUAGGUUCUUGUAUGCCUUUCUCAGUUUCCUCAGCAUCUCACCACUUACAUCCAAUAUCUUCUUUCAUGUAUCAUUUCAGUUGUGUAGCACAAAGAGGGAGAAAUGGCCACUACCUAGCCUGCUCUAUGAAUUGUCCCAUACUACUACUCCCCUCUAUAUUUUUACCUUAUAUUGCUCCUGAUCUCCUAGAUGCAAUGGAAGACAAGACCCCUGUAUUUUUAAGCAAAUGUAGAAAGGGAAAUCCUUGUCAGGCAGGAGGAGAUUUGGCUCUGAAGAGGAAGUGGGAGGUGCCUGAUAGGCUAGCCCCAACAAAAUCAUUCAUCUUUGAGAACGGUAAUAGUGGACAGAUCAGAGAUUGCCUUAUUGGUUGAGACCUCUGGAUGGCAACAAGGACAGACACCUGGAAGUUGCAGAAAGUGCAGUUUGUUAUGCAGGACUGAAAAAAAAACCCGUGUUUUAUCAGCCAGAAUUCCCUCUGCUACACAAAUCUGAAAGGUGAGGCAGCAGACUACACAAAAUCGUUUUGUCCCAUUAAAACAUAAAAUAAAUCUUAGAAAGAUAAUGUUAAAAGAUUCAUUCUCAAAAAAUUACAAGAUUUCUUUUGCACUGCAUUUUGGUUUCACAAAACACAAUUUGUUUUCAAAAGCAAAUUUUAAAAUAUACUGGGGGGGGGAGGUUGUCUUGGAAUCCAAACAAGUUAAAUUGUUUUAUUCAAAAGAUGAAUAAAGACAAUAAAGAUUUCCUAUUUUGAAAAA